AUGGAAGAAAAAAAUGUUGAAGUGAUUCCAAAGAAGACAAUCAAGAUUGAAUUAUAAAAAGUGCAUGACCCGAAUAAGUAUCUAAGAAAUAGAGUGGCAGAACUGAACAAAUUUUAGGACGACGAUGUCAUUAGUUCUAUUAAAUUAUUUUUAUCAGUGGGAAUUAAAUAAGCAUUCAAAAUAUUGGGGGCAACCUUCUACGACUAAACUUAUUCUCUUAACAACAUUGAUAAUCUAUCUUAUUAAGGAUCAAUAUUUAUGGGCACCGAAAGACAGUAGCUAACCAUGAUAUUUGACACUGGCUCAUCUUAUGGAUCAGCUUCUGUUGCUGGAAAGUACGCAUUUGAUACAGUGUCAUUAGACAGUAAUGGAAACGUGCAGGCUACUAACUAUAAGUUUAUGGCUGCAACAUCUGUGACAGGAUUUGGGGUUAUUUCAAGCAAAAUUUUCUCAUUUUAUCUAUCCUCUGACUCAUCUAGUAUAAGUUCUGUUGAAAUUGGAGGCUAUAAUCCUUUGAUGAUCAGAUCUGGUGAGAGUCUAGUUGACAUUCCACUAGUUAAGGAUUACUUUUGGAAAUCCUAUAUUGAGGGCUUUAGAUAUGGAGAGACCGAAAAAUCAGCUUCAAAUGAGAUUAGAGCCUAUUCUACUUCAUAAGUAGAGGCUAUUUUUGAUACUGGAACUUCACUGAUAUACCCACCUACUAAAAUUUAUGAAAAACUUUUAAGUAUAAUAACCUAAAACCACCCUGAACACUACGUUAAAAACGGUAUUCAUUAUGGAACUUGUGAUUUAAGCACCUACGAAAGUAUAUUCUUAUACAUUGAUAGCAAAUACUUUGAAAUAACUCCCAAAUCAUUUGUUUUUGACUACCUUCAUGAUUAGUCAAUUUGUGCUAUAGGAAUUGUUGACGGAGGUAAUUUUUGGCUUCUAGGAGAUGUGUUCCUUAGAGAAUACUACUCAAUUCAUGAUGACGAGGCUAAUCGCUUUAAACUGGCACCUCACGUCUACUCAUCUGCAAGAAUCAUUUAGUCUAUUAAACCUUAAAGCCUACUUUCAAUUGGUGAUAGUUCUGAUGCUACUCAGAUCUACAAAGUGAUUUUCGUAGUGGUACUUUGCAUCGUUUUACUGCUAGGUUAUGGAGCCUAUAUAAAAUUUCUAAAGCCACUAAUUGACAAAGAAACAUAUGCUAAAUUUAACUAAUUGGAACACAGUCUCAAUGAUAAGGCAAAAAGCCUAGUAAUAAGAAUAAAAGUAUGA